CACACCGGGAGUCUCUGAGCCGACAGCCCGGAGCUCCGGUCCGGCCAUGCAAGUCUUGAGGACAGCUGGUCGGCGCCUCUUACCCCUGCGGACCUGGGCCCAUACUUUGGGCGUCUGGGACGAUGCUCCAGGCGGGGCUCUCCACACAAGCGCGCGGAGGCCCCAGGGGGCGGUGGAGAAGACGGAGGCGGAAACAGAAGCAGAGCCGGGGGCUGCCCAGAAACCUAGCAGGUUCAGCAUUUUCCCUCCAGUUCCGGGCCAGGAGAGCUCCUUGACAUGGGAAGGCAAGACAUAUGAAGAAAUCCCAGUAGCUCACAUUAAAGCAACAUAUAACAACACACACAUCCAGGUGGUGUCUUCCAGGAAUGUGCCACUUGCCCGAACUUCUUGUGGCACUGAAGGGUUCAGAAAUGCAAAAAAGGCCACAGGGAUUGCAGCACAAACUGCAGGCAUUGCUGCAGCAGCGAAAGCCACAGCAAAGGGAGUGAUCCAUGUCAGAGUGGUGGUGAAAGGCCUGGGACCUGGGCGCUUAUCUGCCAUCAAGGGGUUGACCAUGGGGGGCCUGGAGGUCAUCUCAAUCACAGACAAUACCCCCAUCCCACAUAAUGGUUGCCGCCCAAGAAAAGCCCGGAGGCUGUGAAGGAAACAGUGGACUGUCUUGAGACCUAGUUUCAGUUUUCAUCUUUAGAAUGACUUCAGAACAAUGCAGAACUCAAUAAAGAUGAGUCAGAGACUCAAUUGAUAAGCGAAAAUGAGAUGAUUUCCUCCUGUGUAUAGGUAUAUAUACAAGUACAUCUUUUGAAUGUAUGCAAAAACUAUGCAGUGCUCAUCACUGUGAAGCAGUGCCUCUUUUGGACAGGAGGGGGUGCUACAGGUACACUUCUGGCAAGUGUCAACAGCUUGUCUUCUUUCCACAGCCCUGACAAAAUAAAAUAUAUCUCACCAUA